AUGUCAUCAUCGGAUGUUGAUUAUAAUAAGAUGGAAGAAGAAUUUGCGUAUUCUAUGGGGAUUCAAGCCUGUAUAUUUGGCUUGCCUCUCAAAAUUUUUGAACGGCUACGAAAAGUUCGUUUGGAUCCAGAUCUUAUGCAAAAGCAGGAAGGAUUAUCACCUGUGGCUCCGAUCAAUCAAAUUGGUCAUUUGGACGGACUCGCUACGCCUGACAAAAUUCCCUACACACCGAACAAUGACACGGUCUACAGUUCGGCUUUGGUGGAGCUGAUUGACGAGCCUAUCAUUCUGAAAACACCCUCACAAAUUCUGGAUCGCUACUGGAGCAUACAAGUUGCUGAUGCAUACCUUGAAAACCGUUUCUAUAUUGGCUCAAGAACCACUGAUGGUUAUGGAGGCAACGUUGCAUUUGUGGGACCGAAUUUCGUUGGUGAUCUCCCAGAUGUCGUGGUUCACCGCCUUCCAUAUAACAGUGCAAUACUUGCUCUUAGAUUCGCUGUUGAUAAAAAUAAUUUGGAAGAGGACACCAAGAAAAUUCAAGAAUUGCAAAAGCAGUUUUCACUGACCUCUCUCAGCAACUGGAACAGUGGAAAGCUAGGGGUUGCCAAUAUACCUGCCAGUGUUAAACCAAAGCCCAACUAUGAUGGUGAUCUUAAAGAUUUUCAGUUGAUUGCUGCACUGAUGAUGGAUAAUCCCCCCACAGAGAAACACGCUGCACAGUGGGAAGCAUUUCAUAACAUUGGACUUGUUCCUGGUCAGGAAUUCCAGCCUGAGAAACUCUCCAAACCAACCUAUUGUGGUUUGAAACGAGCAGCUGAAAUUGUUCCAAAGCUCAUGCAAUGGAAAGUGAAGUUUCAUGGGACAAGUUAUGAAACUCGUUGGAACAAAGUACAAGAGGGCACCUACGAAUUCAAAUACCUAGAUCGAGCUGCUGGAGCUUUGGCUGGACUGCUUGUUCAUGAUUAUGAAGAAUGUGUCUACUACUGUACAUGUGAAUCCUAUGUUCCUAACACUACCGGAGGCCAAUGCGGAACAGGUGAAUUCUUUAACAGCAGCUCCAAGUACACCAUGCAUUUCAAUAAGAAUCAACUUCCAGUCACCAAGGCGUAUGGAUUCUGGUCUAUCACCAUGACUAAUGAGAAGUUCAAUUUGGUAGCUAAUGAGAUCAAUCGUUAUUCAAUCAACCUCCAAACUAAAGGGAUUGAAAUAAACGACGAUGGAUCUUUGGAUCUGUAUUUUCAAGCGGAACCACCUGAAAAUGUCAAAGAGAGAAACAACUGGCUUCCUUGUCCUAAAACACCAAACACCCUUUUCCACUUGACCUACCGAAUCUAUCUUCCAACGUAUAGAGUCUUGCAUCCUGAUAAUGCUGUGCAAUACAUUCCACCUGUUAUGAAGCGGGAAUAA